GGAGCGCCGCAGACCCACCCACCAAGGAAUGUGUAGAAGCUGCUGUAGUUUCCGGGAUUAUGGCGAGGUCCGGCCUGGCGCAGGACGCUGGGAGCACAGCUGCAGUCACUGUGAUAAAGCGGGCGUUGGAACUCGAGUCCGAGUCCCGGUACCCGCAGGCUCUGGUGUGUUACCAGGAGGGGAUCGAUCUGCUCCUGCAGGUUCUGAAAGGCACCAAAGAUGAAACAAAAAGGUGUAAUCUCAGAAAAAGAAUUUCUGACUACAUGGAUAGAGCAGAACACAUAAAGAAAUACUUGGACCAAGAAAAAGAAGCUGGAAAAUAUCACAAGCAAAUUAAAAUAGAAGAGAAUGCAACAGGUUUCAGCUAUGAGUCCCUUUUUCAAGAAUACCUGAGUGAAACAGUUACAGAAGUUUGGAUAGAAGAUCCUUAUAUUAGACAAACACAUCAGCUGUAUAACUUCCUUCGAUUUUGUGAGAUGCUGGUUAAGAGACCAUGUAAAGUAAGAACUAUUCAUCUUCUCACCUCUCUUGAUGAAGGCACUGGGAAAGAGCAGCAGAGUAGUGGCCUGGAAGAGAUAAAACAGUCACUCAGGAAUCAUGGAGUGCAUUUGGAAUUAGAAUAUUCUUCUUCAAUACAUGACCGAGAAAUUAGGUUCAACAAUGGAUGGAUGAUUAAGAUUGGAAGGGGACUUGAUUAUUUUAAGAAACCACAGAGUCGUUUUUCCCUUGGAUAUUGUGAUUUUGAUUUAAGACCAUGUCAUGAAACAACAGUGGACAUUUUUCACAAUAAGCACACAAAAAAAAUAUGAUGGAUAGUAGCCUAACUUACAUAUAUAUUUCUACUUUGAAUGUUGGGUUUUUUUUUUUUUAACUUUGGACAGAUCAUUCCUAUAAUGUAUGAAUUUAACAAUAAAUUUUUAUAUUUCUACUAAUGUA